UUUGUUUUGUUUCUUGAAACGAAAUCAUGAAACUCGUACGCAAGGAACUCUCCGAAGACUGCUGGGAAUUGAUUCUGAAUCGAUUAGCAAUCGAUGACUUCAACUACUUGCAAUCCCCUUCUUUGGUCUGCAAGCUAUUCCUCUCCAUCACCGAUCGACUUCGACUCAAAUUGGGGGUCUCCAACAGAUUGUUCUACAGCGAUAACUGCGAGGGUUUAUUCAGAGCCCUUCAACGAUUCACAAACCUCAAAGAGUUUGAGCUUCGUGUACCGUUCUUCGGUGACAAAGCCGAUGUCAACUACCCCAUUCGAAGAAUCACUUCUCCUUUGUUGGAUCUUCAAUCCAUCUACCUAACCUGUUUACUCUUGAAAACUUUUUUGAAAUUGGGUUCCACCAUGAAGAACUUGAAGAUUCUAAGAUGUUGUCUACUCGAGUGUCUUCGCAAUCACCACCUUGUUGCUAUAGCUGAUGCUUUACCAUGGCUUGAAGAGCUCGAUAUCCACUUUUCCUGCUACUAUUGGAGCACUGAGUGGGAUUCAAAUUCUAGAAGCGCAAAGUAUUUGAUAACUGAUGCUGGGAUCGAGGUAAUGUCGCGUAAGCUUCGGGGGUUGCGUAAAAUUGAUAUAACAGGGCAGGUUGGUUGUUCUGAUCGAUCUCUCAUUGCUUUGUCAUCAAAUUGUGUGCUUUUGAAUGAAAUUCGAUGUGGUUUGUGCAAAGUUACUGAACAUGGCAUUUGUUUUGUACUACGCCAUAGCCGAAAUUUGAUUUGUUUCAAAGUAGGAAGCUGUUACAGUUCGCCAGAUAAUUCGUUCACCUUUGAGAAUUCCAUGAUUUAUGCAACAUCUUUACGUGAUCUUGCGUUAGACCCACAUGGAAAUUAUGACCAACUAAUUUGUUCCAUUGCAACAGCAGGCAUUCAAUUAGAGAAGAUCGUGUUGUACGAUGAUUCUGGUUUGAGCUUACAUGGACUCUCCACUUUCUUAUGUGCAUGCCCAUCUUUGACACACUUGAUGCUUGGUUCCAUAAAAAUCCUCACCGACAAUUACAUGAGGGAUUUAUGCCGAUAUCUUCCUAAUCUUGUGUCCAUAACGAUUGAUGGGUGUUCAAACUUAACAACUGCAACCUUCUUCAUCCUUGCAAAAGAAUGUCCUGUGCUUUCAGAAAUUGAAAUGCCACAUAUAAAUCUACACGUUGAAGAUGAUUUUGACAUGGACUUGGAGAGAAAUUAUCGAAUUAGAUCUUUGGAUUUGAGUUGUGCGCGUGUGAAUAACAAAUUCCUGAAAAAAGUAGGGGUUGUUUGCCCCAACUUACAGACUCUGGAUGUUUCAGGACUUUACAGAUUGACAGAAGGUAUUGAGGAUAUUUUGAAGUGCUGCUCUCAGAUGAAGCAUUUGACAGUGGACAGAACUAGAGAAAUAGUGAUUUUAUUGGAACAAUUCAAAACUCGCUGCAUUAAAAUUGAGCAUCAUCUUAACUUAGAGGAGAGGAUAUGAGGGCUGAUCGGACUUGUGAAUUGAGGAAGAAGAAGAACUGACAAGCAUUCUUGAAAGGGUCUUCAAGAAAUGGUCCAAAGGAGGAAGAAGCUGUUGAAGUAUCUAAGAACUGACAGGGAUUCCUACUGCCUUGUUCUUUCUAAACUUGGUCAUGUACAACCCCAAUUAUAAGCACUAGAUAAGCAUGUGGCAAAAUCUGUUUUGUUUGCAAGUAUGCUUUUAAUUUAUUUGGUUUCCUGUGGGAAGAUGGAAUUGGAGAUGUUUUAAUUUGUUUCCGGCCCUAUAACCUUCUUAAAAUUGCUUGAGGAGCUGUGUUUCUAGCUUUAUUUCCUGUAUGACUUAGUCUGGAAUGAUUUCUAUGUUUUUGAGAUGUUGAACUCUUCAAAGUAGUUCAGAAGGCAUUGGUUGUUUCA